AUGUCUAGUCAUGCCCUCUCGCUCACUCCUAGUGGUAUGUUGACAGUGAGAGGUAUCGGUGAAAUGGAUGUUCGAGUGCAAUUGAAGAAUUACCCUCAUGUACAAGCUCACGGAAAGGUAUGGUCAGUGGUUCCAGAGUUAGUUCAAGUAUCGAGCUCUGGUUACGCACGCGUGGGCCGUCCUCAUCACCUACACGUGGCCCUUACAGCGGCAAGACUAGACAAUCCUGUUGAGUUGUACAACUUUCACGUAUGUAAUUGUGCGUCCUUCGCCGUAUCGCUGUUGGAAGGACCAGAACCUCACAAUGUGACCGCUGCCACGUGGGUGAAACCAAUGGAGGGCGCGUGUUGCGUGUUGGAAUGUGCGUGGAGUUCUCGCGGCAUAUCUACGGUGCGUGUGUCGCGCGGCCGCGCGGGCGACACCACUCGCGUGGCGGUCCGUGCCGCGCCCACACUACUGUGGCCGCGCAAUGCCGCCGCACUAGUCCAAUCCACUAUACCGGUAUUAGCAGAUGGCGAAGCCCUGAUACCGCAAUCGAGUGAGCCAAGAAUCGCUGAACUCUCGUAUCGAGAAGGACCUCCCCCUCACCGCUAUCCCGAUACUCAACUGUUCACUAUGAAGUGUCGUAGGAAAGGAGAUUCGCGUAUGGAAUUAGUAUCGAACACGGACGAAGAGCGGGAGUCAGUCGAAUUUGAGGCAGCGUGCGCGCCGCACGUGUCGCGGAUACGUCUCGAACCCUCCGAGACACCUGGAAAUUGCACGGGUGGACCUAGGGUAUGGCUUCGACCAGGGCACGAGGUGACAGUAAAGGUGACAUUGUUAGAUGCAAUCGGCAGGGAGUUAUUAGAUGAGCGUGGGCCCAAAGCGUCAUGGGAAAUUGAACCUCACCACCCGGCGAUAGAGUUCAAAGCAACCAACCGGCUAUUCAUUGAGACUCAUCCAGAAUAUGAGCCAGUUCCUGUACCAUAUAAAUAUUACCAAUCAGUAGCAGUGAAUGAUCAAGCAAUCGGUUGGAAUGGAGCUCUGAAAAUAAACAUUCCUGAAGCUACGGCCAGCAUUCAAGCGCGAGUUGUGGGACCUUUGAUAUGUGAUCCGAUGAAGGUUAAUUUAGCUUGGGAGGGCGAGUCUAUAAGUAAUAUCGCAUCAGUUGCGGGCGGCAGCGGCCGAUACGCUGUGGAAUCGCCUAAGGGUGUAUCCGCUUCGGUGGUGAAUGGAAAAUUGAGCGUGCAUGUACCUGGACCGGGCUCAUACGAUUUGGUAGUCGCCGAUUUAUGUGUACACGGAGAGAAACAGAUUGUUGAGGUGCAUAUUGAAGAGAUUCUCAGCGUGGAAGUGUCGACCGCUCGUGCGGUAUGCGUCGGCGGUUGCGUUCCAAUAACCGCUUUGGUAAAGGGAGUCUCGCACCGAUACUUGUCAGCUAGUCACGUUCCCGAGUGGCGGGUCAGCGGCGACGUGACAGUGAAGGAGGGCGUUAUAUGCGGCCUGAGGGAGGGAACGGGACGAGUGCGUGCCUCGUUGGGCGGCGUGUGGAGUCCCGAAGUGGAGGUUUUGGUGUUCCCGCCGCUCAGUAUAAUACCGGAAAAGUCGAAGCUGCCCCCGGGAGCGCGGCUACAGUUGUGUCACCGCGGGGGUCCGCCCCCACAUUUGGCGGCGCUUCAAUACCGCGCCUCAACGAGGCAGGAUUAUAUUGAAGUUUCUCCAUCGGGUCACGUACACGGUUUAUCUAUGGGCUCGGCUCGCGUUAAGCUUGUUGCGACUGAUAUAGCAAAUGUGGAAAUGGCCAGCGCUGAAGCUGAAGUGGAGGUGAUCCCAAUAUCGGGUUUGCGUGUAGUGGCGGCGACGCAAACUUUACUGGUGGGUCGUCCGGGUGGGGUGUGGGUGGAGGCGGGCUCGUUGCCGCCCUCCGCUCUCGCGACGCUGCAGCCGCCGCCCCGCCUCACGUGGACGUUACGCGACUCAACCACCGCCAGGAUAUACACAACACACGCAGACGAUUUCUUAGAGAGAUCAGUAGCUGAGGGAUUAACCGUGAGAGUAGUGCCUUUGAAGCCAGGAGUUAUCACUAUCGACGUCCGAGUGCGGAAUAUGGGACAGGUCGCAGAAACACGUUCCUGGGAUAGUACCAUAGAGAUCCUCGGCAUCGCAGACAUAAAGGUUUCAGUUGACGGCUUAUCUAAAGAUGUUAACACCGGCGACCGUUUGGCUGUCGCUGUAGGCUCCACGAUCAGACUCAAGUCUUUACCAAAGAGCUAUUGGAGAUCGUAUGGAGACGGCGCUUUUGAUAUUAGUCCCAGUGGGGAGUUGAAAGCGCUCAUGCCAGGGCACGGAGUUAUCAUCGCUCAACAUAAAGACGAUAGGAACAAUAUUCAUAGAGAAACGGUUGUCCACGUGGAAGUGGCAGUGCCGCAUUACUGCACGGCAGAGCCAUCGGGGGACGCCGACGAGACUGUCCUGCGAUUGGUGGCCCGCAAUUCCGUCGGCCGGGAACUACUCGCUCCCACUCACAAUGUCACUGCCCUCGCGCACGGACCGAUCACGACACACGUGAGGCGAUCUGCUCAAAGUGCUCUUGGAAACGAGUUACUGAUACCAAAUCUGGACGCCGCUGGUGCAUUCAUGAGUUUCCAGAGCACUAUCGGUGGAGUCACCGUUAAAGAUGAGGUCUGGAUUACAGGCAGUGACACCAGAACUGAUCGAGUUAUAGCUAGCAGUGGAUGGGCGAUUUGUUUAGACGGUAUCGGUUGGCGUGUCCCGCCUUCUGUGUCCGUAUUCGUCGGUAGCGGCGUAUCGCUCGCUGUUCUGAUGAAAGACAUAUCCGCUAAGCACCAGCUCAAGUUGGACAGACCAUCACUUGUUCGCACCGUACAACAGAUACCAUUCGAUAAGAUCUCGUUUGCUUCGGGCGAGUGGCCAGCUUCUAUGGUGCCGUUGUCUAUAGAAGCAGGUGUACUGACAGACGGGCCAUUGCUAUGCACUGAGGACCAGAAAUACGCCUUAGAGGGAGUACAAGUGGAACUGCCUUACGUUUGUAGGACCAAACAGCCUCAUACCGCCACACCAGUGUUGGAUAUAAUUAACGGACAACUGGGUUGCGCCAUAGUACCCUCCUCGCCGAUCACGGACCCAUCCGAAGUGGAUUUGUGCGCUGAAUGGGGAGUAGCACGCACUUGUACUCGAGUGUUACUACUGCCACAGAUACACGUGUCAAAAUACAAAGUGUCAAUGUUACACCCCCCAACUACAUUCACGGUCACUGGCCAUCCUAGAGCACUGAAACUAGUGAAGAUCACUUCAUCGCCUGGCCUGAAGUUGGACAUGAUGAAUAAGGAGAGUGAAAUAACAGUUGUAGUGAAAAACGAAGCCACCACUUGCGGUUCAGGGUGGGUGAAUGUAAGAUCGAAGUUGACUGGACAAGAAAUAAGGGUUGAAGUCGAGAGGGAGUGCGAUGUUGCCUGUGGAACGGUGUUGGGAGCGAUUUUGUCUAUACUGACACCGUAUCUACCCACUUUGUUCACUAUAGCGGCUGUCGCUGCCGCUUAUACGUACAUUCAAUCGAAACUUCAGCGUAAAGUGCCGAUCCGCAUGCCCACAGAACCGGUACAGACGAUUCUACCACCGGCAGAAACGUCUCCCAUCGGCAGAUCUCGAACGUUUUCCAGGAGUCCAUACGCGUCUAACGGACCUUCUUCACCCGUCUAUGGAGAUGCCAGUACAUUACCUGACGCAAGCUUCUCCCCUAACACCACGAGAAUGCAUUCGAGAAUUUUAUAA